GUUCCCACGGGAAAGCCAUUCCAAGCCCACGUAAAGCAAGCGCGCCCGUCUCUCUCGCACCCCGAUUCGUUCCCCAUCCGCUCAUCGCCUCCGCUUGCGCCCUCCGUUUUGCGCUAGCUUCACCUCAUCUCACGUUCGCUUCGCCGUGUACCGUGUCGUGUGUCGCCCGUUCUUGGCAGGAUGGAGCAGACCUUCAUCAUGAUCAAGCCCGACGGCGUCCAGCGAGGCCUGAUUGGAGAUAUCAUCAGUCGGUUCGAGAAGAAAGGAUUCUACCUCAAGGGGAUGAAGUUUAUGAACGUGGAGAGGUCCUUUGCGCAGCAGCACUACGCUGACCUUUCUGACAAGCCCUUCUUCCCUGGGUUGGUGGAGUACAUCAUUUCUGGUCCUGUUGUUGCAAUGGUGUGGGAGGGGAAGGAUGUUGUGCUGACUGGCCGCAGGAUCAUUGGUGCCACCAGGCCUUGGGAGGCAGCUCCUGGCACCAUCCGUGGUGACUAUGCUGUGGAAGUUGGCAGGAAUGUCAUCCAUGGAAGUGAUUCCGUGGAUAAUGCAAAGAAGGAGAUCGCUCUUUGGUUCCCCGAAGGCUUAGCAGAGUGGAGGAGCGACCUUCAUCCUUGGGUCUACGAGGCUUGAGAUUUGGGGUACUCGAUGCCUGGUUUCCGUCAAAAUUGAGUUUUGUCUUCAGACUUACAUGUCGGUUCUGGCUGUAGAGCCAUACUUAGUGCUUUGUGAUACAUAUAGCAGUUAAAUGUGCCUGAACCUAUAUGGCUUAUGAGUUCUGCCUUUUUUACUGUUUUGGUUUGCUGUGAUUGUCGAACAACUGAUGUGAUCUAAAAUAAAAACAAGCAGGCCGGUUUUUCUUAGAAAUGUCA